AGUGAUCUACAAUUGUAUAGAUCCUGGCCGGAGACAGAUAGCAAAGGGGAUCGAUAACAACCAGACUCGGUGAAAUACUAUGACUGUAUAUUGUCUCGUUACUGGCUUCAUAUCUUUAUUGAGCCAUAACCAUUGACAAGUACCUUAAUACAGCGCACAACAUGGAAAGAAAAAGUGUACCUGUUCAGCGCAUUCUCCACAAGCCACAGAUAGUCCGCAGUCUGGGAAGUAAUCUUCACUCAAAUGUGAAUGCCAGCUCCUCUCUGACUGGACGAUCCCUGCUGAACAAAGUGCAGCGCAGCAGACACAAGCAUCACUAUGACACCAAUCAUCAAAUAAGGUCCAAGCCUGAUUUAAACACAACACUACCAGUCCGACAGACAGCAUCCAUCUUCAAACAGCCUGUGACCAAGGUAACAAAUCAUCCCAAUAACAAAGUGAAGACAGACCCACAGAAGGCUGUGGACCAGCCCAAACAACUGUUCUGGGAGAGGAAGCUGUGCGGAUUAAAUGCGUUCGAUAUCGCAGAGGAGCUGGUAAAGACCAUGGAUCUGCCCAAAGGCCUACAGGGUGUCGGCCCUGCGUGUUCAGAUAAAACACUGCUCUCUGCCAUCGCCAGCGCCCUGCACACGAGCCCCGCACCGGUCACGGGACAGCUCACCGCCGCAGUGGAGAAAAACCCUGGAGUCUGGCUCAACACAGGACAGCCUCUCUGCAAAGCCUUUGUGGUGACUGAUGAUGACAUCAGAAAGCAGGAGGACCUGGUGCAGAAUGUGAGGAGGCGGCUGGAGGAAGCCCUCACAGCUGACAUGCUGGCUCAUAUAGAGGACACCACUGCAGACGAAGAAGCCAAUAAAGUAGAGGAGAAGGUUGAGCAGGUCGAAAAGGAGGAAUCAUAGCCAAGGCUGGUGUGACAUGAAGUUUGCUCAUAAACUCUUCUUUAAAAGAAAAAAAAAUUGGCUCCAUUAAGAUUUUUUAUACUCAAACUAAAAUGAACCUAAAUGCAGACAUUCUGCAGAUUUCGAAGGGACUGAUUUCUUUAUUUUUGUGACAGUAAAAUUCUGAAAAGGUGCUCUGAGUUUCAGUUCAUGUUUACCUCUACUAGUGUAUGGCAGUUGUGGAUGGUGCUUUAUACAAUGCAGUGUUAAUUUAGUUAACAGCUGUUCAAGUUAAAAACACAAACCUGGUGAGUGUUAAAUUGUGUGAAUGUAUGAGUUCCUGCUGAAGUGUAUUUUUGCAAACGGUUCUACAAGUACAUGUUUCUCUUUUAUAUUUUCCUCUGGCACUGUAGGUAAUGUGUUUUAAUGUUUGGAAGCAUAGCAAUGUUGCAGUAUGUUUACAUUCACGCAGCACUCUGGCUGUGAAUAUUGAAAAUUUAAACUUGUUCAAUUUAAAGAUUUUUCUGUUAAAUAGUGUUACUUCUCACAACAACCUCAGUUUACAUGGUUUUUGACGUUUGACUCCUCCUAUUUGUGUUGACAAAAGAAUGAUAAGUGUUGUUUUUCUGACUACAUUUGAGUUUAGACAUUAAAAUAAAAUACAAAAAAAACACAAUGCUGAUGAACCUCAUAACAAGAUGUACUGUACCUUGUUACAAAAUUCUGAAUUUGUCACCGUCUAAUAAAUGCAGCUUGUUAUUC